AACCUUUAAGGAAGGUAUAGAUGAGCCUGAUGAUCUCAACUGUUUCAACUUUUUCCCCAUUUUUUUUUUAAAUUUUAAUAAUAAUUGUUAUUAUACUUUCUUGGCCUGUAUGCUAAGCAUGGUUUGGUUUUCAAGUGCUUUUCUUGUGUUUUUUCUUACUUUCACUGGAAUGUUCGUCUGAAGCUUAAAGAUUGAAUCUUUAUUUAUUUUGGAGUGGUUGAAGCAAAAGGGUAUGAAGGGAAAUCAAGAAUCUUGUUUGUGAGUAUGAUUACAAGUGAAUUGGGGAUUCCAUUUGAUCUGGGAUUCAUUAGAUUCAAUCUUGUCAAUAGAUUCUUGCAUUUUUUGAGAAAAAGAUUUGUCAAUCUAGGUGUGGGAAUAGCGACAUGGGAUGGUUAACCAAAAUUCUGAAAGGAUCUAGCCAUAGAAUCUCUGAAGGGCAAUAUCAUGGGAAAUAUCAUGAGGAGAAAUUUUGGGAAGGCCCUUCUAAUUCAGUGGAUGCAUGGUCAGAUUUUGAGCAGGAAGAUAUUGAUCAUGCUAUUGCACUUUCUCUUGCAGAAGAAGAUCUGAAAGGAAAGAAAGUAGUAGAGGUUAAAAUAGAAUCAGAACCAGAAUCAGAAUCCGAACCAGAACCUGAACCAGAACCAGAACCAGAACCGGAACCGGAACCGGAACCAGAACCUGAAGAAGAGCCUGAACCGCAUUCUGAACUGGAAAAGGUAGAAAAACCGAAAAUGGAUGUUCUUCUGGAAGAAGAUGAACAGCUUGCCAAGGCUAUUCAAGAAAGUUUAUACAUAGACUCUACACCUCAAUAUGAUUUUGGAAAUUUGUUUCAACCAUAUCCUUAUCUAUAUCCACCUGGGUUCAGGAUCUGUGCAGGUUGCAACAGUGAAAUUGGCCAUGGACGAUUUUUAAGUUGCAUGGGCGGUGUUUGGCAUCCAGAAUGUUUUCGCUGUCAUAGUUGUAAUAUACCAAUAUCUGAUUAUGAGUUUUCAAUGUCUGAAAAUCGGCCAUUUCACAAAUCUUGCUACAAGGAACGCCAUCACCCCAAAUGUGAUGUUUGUAAGAACUUCAUCCCAACAAAUGCGGCUGGUCUUAUUGAGUAUAGGGCUCAUCCUUUCUGGGAACAGAAGUACUGUCCCUCACAUGAGCAUGACAUGACGCCAAGAUGUUGCAGUUGUGAGAGAAUGGAGCCCAGGGAUACAAGAUAUCUUUUACUAGAUGAUGGUCGAAAGCUUUGUCUGGAGUGCUUGGACUCAUCUAUAAUGGACACACAUGAAUGUCAACCUCUUUACCUUGAAAUACAAGACUUUUAUGAAGGAUUGUUAAUGAAAGUGGAACAACAAAUACCACUGCUCUUAGUUGAGAGGCAAGCGCUAAAUGAGGCCAUGGAAGGAGAAAAACAUGGUCAUCAUCACAUGCCUGAGACGAGAGGUCUUUGCCUGUCAGAAGAACAAACCAUUAGCACUAUUUCAAGGAGACCUAAGAUUGGAGCAGGCUACCGGAUCAUAGACAUGAUUACAGAACCUUACAGACUAAUUCGCGAGUGUGAGGUGACAGCUAUUCUUAUUUUGUAUAGUCUUCCAAGGUUACUGACCGGAUCAAUCUUGGCACAUGAGAUGAUGCAUGCAUGGCUGCGGCUAAAAGGUUAUCCCAAUCUAAGUCCAGAAGUUGAAGAAGGUAUAUGCCAAGUGCUAGCUCAUAUGUGGUUGGAUUCUGAGAUAAUGGCCGGUUCUGGUAGUAAUAUGGCCUCAACUUCAUCAGCAUCCUCCUCCUCAUCUGCUCCCCCAUCAUCAAAGAAGGGAAAGCGUUCUGAUUUUGAAAAGAAACUCGGGGAGUUCUUCAAGCAUCAGAUUGAAUCAGAUACCUCAGCAGCCUACGGAGAUGGAUUCAGAGAGGGUAACAAGGCAGUGCUCAAGUAUGGCCUCAGGAGAACCCUCGAUCACAUUAGACUAACAGGCUGCUUUCCUUAGAAAAUCUGCGUCGGUUGCAGCUUACAUUGGACAAACACACACAAACACACACAUAUGUACACAAGUAUAUAUACCCUGGCUCUACAAAAUUUCAGAAUUGCUCAAUAGAACAAGAGCAGUAUUAGAAUAAAUCAUAAGGUGACUGAAUAAACAGAAAGUGCUUGUAUGUUAUGCAUAAUCCAUGCACAUCUAUAUUACAGAGAGAAAGAGAUAGGAAUGUAUAACUUUGCUUUUGCUGUUUUGCACAUGACUGUAGCCUAUGAAAUGCACUCUAAGCAUAUAUAUGUAUCUGAGCAGAAUUUUCUUUAUA